AAAGCGUCAGUGACCAAACCAAAACACUUGAACAUUGUUUUGGUCCAUCAAAAGUUGAAAACUGAAAAAUAAUCUGCAUUUUUUUUGUAAUUUUUACUAGAUUUUGCGUCAAAUUCAAUAUUGAUCAUAUAGAUUUGGUCCUCACAUUACCGCUUAUUAUUUUGAAGAGCACAAUGAGCAGCGGAUUCGUCACCGAAACGGAACUAGCGGAAGCAAGACGCAUACGGCAAGAGGAAUGGGAAAAGGUUCGCACCGCAGACCAGCCAAUAGAGGCACCGGAAGAAGAAUACGAUUCUCGAUCGCUUUACGAUCGGCUCCAGGAACAGAAACAAAAGAAGGAUCUUGAGUAUGAGGAGGCCCACAAGCUUAAGAAUAUGAUCAAAGGAUUAGAUGACGAUGAAGUAGAAUUCCUUGAUUUAGUCGACAAGAACAAGAUGAACGCCGAACGGAAGGCACAAAUUGAAGAAGCAAAGGAGAUGAGCGAGUUUCGACAGCAAGUGGCUUCGCUACAGGAAAAGCGAAUGGACGAACAAAUCAAACAACAUAUAUCGCAACCAAAGCCUGCCAAGGCGCCCAUUGUGUCCAAUCGGUUGUCUCAGAAGAAAAUUCUUGCUGGCGUUGUCAUCCCAAAGAGAAAACGGGAGGAAGAGAGUGCCACCUCUCAAGCCGAAACAAACUCGACUUCGCCUGCAACGAAUGGGAACAAAAAUGAUGCUACCAGUGGUCCCUCGGUAGGAUCAACGUCCAGUGUUGGCAAUGCUAAAAUGGUGAAACCCGCUGAUUGCACCUCUAGCAGCAAAAAACUAAAGAGUGGCGCUAUGCAGGUCAUCGGGAUUCUUCCGGGAUUGGGUUCCUAUCGAGAAUCGACCGACUCCGAGGAAAGCAGCGACACCGAUUGCGAUGGCGAAGCCGGCCAGUACGAUUGGGUCGGACGGAAGAUUGUGAAGAAACUGGAAGAGAAGUAGGUUUGAGGAGCAAAUUUGGCUAAGCUGAGGAGACGAGGAAUAUAUGUUAGGCAUUAAAAUGGAUUGAAACGUA